CGCCUCCAUCCCCUUGAUAGGCGGGGCGGGGCGGUGUCAUGUGGGCCGCCACACCGGGAAGCGCUGGGCCGAACCGAGCCGAGCCCAGCCGGGAAGGAGGAUGUCGAGCUGGGGUCGGGCGCUGCUGCCACCCGCCACGCUGCUUGUCUUGGCGCAGCUGGUCUGGGCGCCGGACCCGUAUGGAGAGGAGUGCAGGACUAAAACAUACCCUCCUUCAGGACCAACGUUCAAAGGGAAUGUACCCACAUAUGUCAUAAAUCUUGAUUUACCUCCCAGCAAAAGAUGGGAUGACUUGAUGCGUGACAAAAAGACAGAGCUGAAGACUGUGGUCCAGAAUAUUAAAAGUAUAGUAAAUACCUUCUUCCCCAGUGGCAAAGUUGUUGACAUAGUGGAUAACAAAAUUGCUCAUCUGACUGCCACGCUUCCUUAUCCUUUCAAUGAAGAGCUUCAAGGGAUCGCAAAUUCAUCUGGGAUUCCUUUGGGGGAAAUUGUUAUUUUUAACAUCUUUUAUGAAAUUUUUACUGUAUGUACAUCAAUCGUGGCAGAAGAUAAAACAGGGAAACUGUAUCAUGCCAGAAACUUGGAUUUUGGACUCUUUCUUGGGUGGGAUGUUAAAAAUAAUUCCUGGACUAUAACUCGGGAGCUGAAGCCUAUAGUGGUCAACUUGGAUUUCCAGAGAAACAACAAAACAGUAUUCAAGUCCACAAAUUUUGCAGGAUACAUAGGCAUGGUGUCUGGAGUCAAACCAGACUUGUUCACUCUGACAAUGAAUGAGCGUUUCAGCCUUGAUGGUGGCUAUGUUGGUAUCUUUGAAUGGUUUCUUGGCAGAAGAGAUGGUAUGUGGAUGGGUUUUCUUACAAGAACAGUAUUAGAGAAUGCUACAAGUUAUCAAGAUGCAAAAGACAAGCUGUCAAAAACAAGACUGCUGGCUCCAGCUUACUUUAUACUGGGUGGAAAAAAUUCUGGAGAAGGAUGUGUGAUAACUCGUUCCAGGACAGCUAGUCUGGAUAUCUGGGACCUUGACAUCAAGAAGGGCACAUGGUACGUGUUAGAAACAAAUUAUGAUCGCUGGAAGCCUCCACUAAUCUUGGAUAAUCGCAGAGUACCUGCAAUGAAGUGCCUGAACCAAACUAUGCAAGAGAACAUCUCCUUACCAAGAAUUUAUGAUGUUCUCUCCACAAAGCCUGUUCUCAAUAAGCUGACUGUGUGCACCACACUGAUGGAGGUGUAUGGAGGCCACACAGAGACUUACCUGCGGGAGUGCCCAGAUCCAUGUAGUCCUUGGUAGCCCUGUACGGUUCCUAUGUUGGAAGCAUCUCCUUCUCUGAACUGGGGUCCUCCAAGAAAAAAUACUUCCUGGA